AUGUACCCGGUGAAGGUUUGGAUGAAGGAAACGAGCAUUGGUCCGAGCGAGCAGCCGCCUACAUGCUUCAGCAACACAUUGAAGCCAGCAGCGCGUGACGAUCCCGAUGAGCCGGGUCUGGACACAGGCCUGCCAGUGCACUGGUCGACUGAAUCUUUGAGAUGUGGCGAAGAGCUUCAAGUGGCGCGAGCGACCUAUCUCGUGCCGCCAUUGGUUGGCGAUCAUGAUGCAGAGGUGCAGCAGUUGGUGCACGAUCUCGAGCGGGAACAAGGCAUUGAGGCGGCCUUGCGCUGUCGCUUGGCAAUGCUGGAGGCAGAGAUCUUGGAAUGCCGUGAAGCAGAGCGAGAAGUCCGCUGCGGCGAGCAGGCGGGCUCCUCUUGCCUGGACACCGAGGCGGAAGCUUCGCAUUGCGAACUGGAGGCUUUGUGUGAGGCCGUUGAGAUGUUCAGACAUGACAACGGCCAGCUGCAGGAGGAACUGGCCGUGGCAGAAGCACGGGAAAGCGAGCUGUCAGUGGAGCUUUGCCAGCUGCAUGCGGUGUCGAACGGUUUCAGGUAUCAGUGA